CUUUUCACUGCCACCCAGCAGCCUCUGGGGACAGAGAGUGGGGCCGAGAGGUUGCUGGCAAAUCACUGUCUUGCUGAAAAGUGCAUUUCCAGAGCAGGAUUUAUAAUGUUAGCUUGGCAUUACUGCCAGGCUUUGGCCAGAGAUCAAGAUAGUGUAGCCAAACUUGAGUGAAGCAAUGGUCUAGGGUGCAUCCCCCUUCCCCCUCAUCCCCAAAUGUGUGUGGGGUGCAGGGCCCUCAGAGGUUUGGCAGGCUCUGGGGAGGUGCAGCCCAUCCUGCACCACUUUCCCCACACCCAGGCACCAGUUAGCCGCAGCUCUGAGCUUAGCUGGGAACAGCGAGUAAAUCCCGAGGCAGCUUAUGUGUUUCCCAGGCACGUCUGGGCUCAGUGCACUCCAAACCUCAAGUACAGCUGGGAAUGGGGCCAGCCCCAAGGGACUCACGUAGCCACUGUCCCUUGUUGCUCCCAUGCCACUCGCUGGAGCUGGGGACAGCAAUUCAGGCAGCACUGGACCAUGACAGGGCCUUUGCCCCAUCCUGCUGAGCUGGAAUUUGUCCUGCUGAGCAACAGUUCAGCAUUCAAAGCCAUGCUCAUUCCCAAAAUGCCCUUUCUGCUGCUUUCAGGGCUGUGGGGGGGCCAAACUCCGUCUGUCCUGCCGUGCUUGGCCCAUCAUCCCAGCCAUGUGCCUCUGGCUCAUCCCUGGAGCACCACAGGAGCUGGGGCAGGGGGCUCUCAGGCCCCCGCCUGCCUGCUCAGCACCGUCCUGGAGCCCAGCCUGGGGAGCCCCUGGCACCUGCGGAGCCCCAGGCAGGAUGUGGCCCCUUCUCAGCCCUGGGCUCCUGUCCGGCCCCGCUGCAAGCCCGCAGCUGAACUGUGCCGGGUCCGCGCCUCGCUGGGGCAGCAGCAGCGGCGGGAGCCCCUGUCCUGAGCAGCCUCCCCGCCUCCUCAAGGCGUUCCCCGCCCUGGCCCCCCGUCCCUCCCCGUGCCCGGAAGCCCUGGGAAAAGUUCCGCCGUGGAAGCAAAGUCCAGGCGGCCGGACAGAGCGGCCAUGGCCGGGCGCUACGGGCUCCGGGGAGCGCUCGGUCGGCGCUGCCCGUCCCGCUGGCCGCAGGGCUCGCGUCUGUCCCUGCGGCCGCCAGCAGCGCGUCUGGCCCAUGCCGGGGCUGCGGCCCAGCUGCAGCCGGAGUACGACGCAGUGGUGAUCGGGGCAGGACACAACGGGCUGGUGGCAGCUGCCUACCUGCAGCGGGCAGGGCUGCGCACGGCUGUGCUGGAGAGGCGCCACGUGCUGGGCGGCGCCGCCAUCACCGAGGAGAUCGUGCCAGGGUUCAAGUUCUCCCGGGCAUCGUAUCUGCUCAGCCUGCUGCGACCACAAAUCUAUGCUGAUCUGGAGCUGCAGCGGCACGGUCUGAGGGUGCUCCCACGGGACCCCUACUCCUUCACGCCACUGCUGGAGGACAGGAGCCCUCCUCGCUCCCUUCUGCUGGGACAUGACAUGGCCCAGACUCAGCAGCAGAUUGCUCAGUUCUCCCAGAAGGAUGCCCAGGCCUAUCCUGAGUAUGAGGCGUUCAUGGGGCGCAUGGUGUUGGCCCUUGACCCACUGCUGGAUGCCCCUCCAGUGGAUACAGCUGCCCUGGGAAAGGGUUCCCUGCUCCAGCAGCUCAGGAACCUGCAAACCCUGAAGCCUUUGCUGCAGGCAGGGCUGGCACUGGGGCGGCAGCUGCCCCACUAUUACGAGGUGCUCACAGCUCCCAUCUCCAAGAUCCUGGAUCACUGGUUUGAGUCAGAACCCCUGAAGGCAACUCUGGCUACUGAUGCUGUGAUUGGAGCCAUGGCCAGCCCACACACCCCUGGCAGUGGGUAUGUGCUGUUGCACCAUGUCAUGGGUGAGCUGGAGGGACGGCGUGGGGCCUGGGGCUACGUGGCAGGCGGGAUGGGAGCCCUGUCCCACGCCAUCGCCCAGGCAGCCACUGCCCGGGGAGCCCACAUCUUUGCUGACAAGGCAGUGUGCCACGUGCUGCUGGGCAGGGCCGGGGAGGCGCGGGGUGUCGUGCUGCAGGAUGGGACAGAGGUGAGGAGCAAACUGGUGCUGUCCAAUGCCUCCCCCCAAAUCACCUUUCUGGAACUCAUUCCUCAGGAGCAGCUGCCCAAGGACUUUGUCCAGCGGAUCCGGCAGCUUGACACACGCUCCCCUGUCACCAAGAUCAAUGUGGCGGUGGAUCAGCUGCCCAGCUUCCUGGCUGCCCCCAAUGCCCACGAUGGCCAGCCCCUGCCCCACCACCAGUGCUCCAUACACCUCAACUGCGAGGGCACCCAGCUCCUGCACCAGGCAUUCACUGAGGCUGCCCAGGGGCACCCCUCCAGCAGGCCUAUGAUUGAGCUCUGCAUUCCCUCAGUGCUGGACCCGGGGCUGGCCCCUCCAGGCUGCCACGUCGUGUCCCUGUUCACACAGUACACCCCGUCUGUGCUGGCAGGCGGGCGGUGCUGGGACGAGCAGGCCAGAAACGCGUACGCAGACACAGUGUUUGACUGCAUCGAAGACUAUGCUCCGGGGUUCAAGGCAUCUGUCAUUGGCAGGGACAUCCUGACGCCACCAGACCUGGAGAGGAUCUUUGGGCUGCCUGGUGGAAACAUCUUCCAUGGAGGGAUGUCUCUGGACCAGCUGUACUUCGCCCGGCCAGUACCAUCCUACUCUGGCUACCGGUCCCCAAUUCCUGGCCUGUACCUGUGUGGAAGUGGAGCCCACCCUGGAGGAGGAGUGAUGGGAGCAGCAGGACACAAUGCUGCCCAGGUGGCUAUCAAGGAUUUCAGGCACCUCUGAUGAGAUUGGUGAAACUGACUUCACCAACACAGGGUUGUGACAUCAGCAUGCCCUGCUGGUGCCAUGCAGAGCCCUGCCUAUCCCCGACUUGCUUCCCCAGCACCUCAGGGCAGCAGCAUCUCCUGAGAGCCAGGUGUAGGCUGGCAGGGUCCCCUGUGCUCCCAGCUGCUACUGUCACCUUGAGCAGAUGGCUGCUUCAGCCUGCCACAACCCAGCCUUGCCCCAGUGGGUCCUGGGCCCUGCAUGAACAUGGCAAGCCUCACUCAGCCCCUGCCUGUGCCCAUGGAAAUAAACCCUGGCCCGGGCUCUGUCAUGA